AUGCAAGACGGUCACUUCCUGCUGUCGGCCCUGCAGCCGGAGACUGGUGUGUGCUCCCUGGCACUGCCCUCCGACCUACAGCUGGACCGCCGUGGUGCCGAGGGCCCGGAAGCUGAGCGGCUGCGGGCUGCCCGGGUCCAGGAACAGGUCCGAGCCCGUCUCCUGCAGCUGGGCCAGCUGCCGCGGCACAACGGGGCGGCUGAGCCUGAAGGGGCGGUGGAGGUGACCCGAGGGACCUCCCGGGGCCAGUACCACACGCUGCAGUCCGGCUUCAGCUCCCGCUCACAGGGCCUGAGUGGGGACACAUCGACCUUCCGGCCCAUCGCCAAGCCAGCCUACAGCCCAGCCUCCUGGUCCUCCCGCUCAGCCGUGGACCUGAGCUCUGCCCGGAGGCUGAGCUCGGCCCACAAUGGGGGCAGCGCCUUUGGGGCUACUGGCUACGGGGGCGCUCUCCCUGCGCCCCCCAUGGCUGCCCGACCAGUGUCCUUCCAUGAGCGUGCAGGGGCAGGCAGCCGAGUGGACUAUGACACUGUGUCCCUGCGCUCGCUGAGGCUGGGCCCAAGCACCCUAGAUGACCGCUACAGUGUGGUGUCUGAGCAGCUGGAGCCCACAUCCUCCUCUGCCUACCGGGCCUUUGCCUAUGAACGCCAGGCCAGCUCCAGCUCCAGCCGGGCAGGGGGCCCUGACUGGCCGGAAGCCUCCGAGGGCCCCCCCAGCCGGACUAUCCGGGCACCUGCCAUGAGGACCCUGCAGCGGUUCCAGAGCAGCCACCGUAGCCGGGGUGGGAUGGGGCCAGUGCCCGGGGGCGUCCUGGAGCCCAUGGCCCGGGCACCCUCAGUGCGCAGCCUCAGCCUCAGCCUGGCCGACUCGGGCCACCUGCCCGACAUCAGAGGCCUGGACAGCUACGGCGGCCACCGUGCCCUGCAAAGGCUCAGCAGUGGCUUCGACGACAUCGACCUGCCCUCUGCAGUCAAGUACCUCAUGGCCUCUGACCCCAACCUGCAGGUGCUGGGGGCGGCUUAUAUCCAGCACAGAUGCUACAGCGACGCGGCAGCAAAGAAGCAGGCCCGCAGCCUCCAGGCUGUGCCAAGGCUGGUGAAGCUCUUCAACCAUGCCAACCAGGAGGUGCAGCGGCACGCCACGGGCGCCAUGCGCAACCUCAUCUAUGACAAUGCUGACAACAAGCUUGCCCUCGUAGAGGAGAACGGCAUCUUUGAGUUGCUUCGGACACUGCGGGAGCAGGACGACGAGCUGCGCAAGAAUGUAACAGGGAUCCUGUGGAACCUGUCCUCCAGCGACCACCUGAAGGACCGCCUGGCCCGAGACACGCUGGAGCAGCUCACAGACCUGGUGCUGAGCCCCCUCUCAGGGGCGGGUGGCCCCCCCCUCAUCCAGCAGAAUGCCUCCGAGGCCGAGAUCUUCUACAAUGCCACUGGCUUUCUCAGGAACCUCAGUUCAGCCUCCCAGGCUACUCGUCAGAAGAUGCGUGAGUGUCACGGACUGGUGGACGCCCUGGUCACCUACAUCAACCAUGCUCUGGAUGUGGGCAAGUGCGAGGACAAGAGCGUGGAGAACGCCGUGUGUGUCCUGAGGAACCUGUCCUACCGCCUAUACGAUGAGAUGCCGCCAUCUGCCCUGCAGAGGCUAGAGGGCCGGGGCCGCCGUGAUAUGGCUGGUGGGCCACCCGGUGAGGUGGUCGGCUGCUUUACACCCCAGAGCCGGCGGCUUCGAGAGCUGCCCCUCAUGGCUGAUGCACUCACUUUUGCUGAAGUGUCCAAGGACCCCAAGGGCCUCGAGUGGCUGUGGAGCCCUCAGAUUGUGGGGCUGUACAACCGCCUGCUGCAGCGCUGUGAGCUCAACAGGCACACGACUGAGGCUGCAGCUGGAGCGCUACAGAACAUUACCGCAGGCGAUCGUAGGUGGGCGGGUGUGCUGAGCCGCCUGGCCCUGGAGCAGGAGCGCAUCCUGAACCCACUGCUGGACCGUGUGCGCACUGCUGACCAUCACCAGCUGCGCUCACUCACCGGCCUUAUCCGAAACCUGUCCCGCAAUGCCAGGAACAAGGAUGAGAUGUCCACCAAGGUGGUGAGUCACCUGAUUGAGAAGCUGCCGGGCGGCGUGGGAGAAAAGUCACCCCCAGCCGAUGUGCUGGUCAACAUUAUAGCUGUGCUCAACAACCUGGUGGUGGCCAGUCCCAUCGCCGCCCGGGACCUGCUCUACUUUGACGGGCUGCGCAAGCUCAUCUUCAUCAAGAAGAGGCGGGACAGCCCUGACAGUGAGAAGUCCUCCCGAGCAGCCUCCAGUCUCCUGACCAAUCUGUGGCAGUACAACAAGCUCCACCGAGACUUUCGAGCGAAGGGCUAUCGGAAGGAGGACUUCCUGGGCCCGUAGGCAGCCCCUUCCUGGAGAUCACGGCGUGACGAGGUCCAGCCUGAGGGACAAGCUCAGCUGUCGCUUGCUGGCCAGCCCAGAGGGAAACACUGAGGGCCCAGGGUCUUC